ACGAGUAGUAUAUUUACCAAUAAAUCCGUUUUCGCAAUUCCUGGAGUGGCUCUCGUUCGGAUUAUCUCCGCAGAGGCCCCCGAAAAAUCCUUAGCGGGCGCUUUAUCGGAGGCGAUCGUCGAGGAGCUUUUAAUUUACAAUGCUAAUACCGAAGCCGGUGCGUUUUCGUUUCGGCGUAUAAAUAGAGGUGAGUCGUCGGUGAUACCUCGUUAUACUCGCUUUUCGCUAAUUGUCCGAUUUCCGAGGCGAAUCAUGGGGAACGCGAACGCGAAAACCGUCGAUCUGGAAAACUGGAUGUCUCUGCUACCCGGUCAGGUCAAAGAAAAACCGAUCGCGGAAAUCGCCAUUCCAGGUUCCCACGACAGUUUCACGGCCAAAAUCACCGACAAAUCGGACGUGGCUCCGGAUGCCGAGCAGAUCUUGAAGGAUCUCUCCGUUUUGGGGCCCAUAGUGAAGGAAGUGAUAGCCAGGUGGUCGAUCACCCAAACCUACAUGGCCGCGGGUCAAUUAUUAAGGGGCAUUAGAUAUUUCGAUAUACGCUCGGCCACUAAGAAAGGCACGGACGACAUUUACAUCUGCCACGCUUUGUACUCGGACACGGUGAAAUCGUGCUUGGAGGAAAUCAACGGGUUUUUGGAUAAGCAUCCUAAAGAGGUGGUGGUUUUGGACUUUCAACAUUUCUACGGUUUCGAUGAGGAAAUCCACAAAACUUAUGUGCAAUUGAUUAAAUCGACGUUCGGUAGUAAAAUAGCACCCAAUUAUUUACAAAUGGAUUCCACUAGUUUAAAUUCUUUAGUUAAAGCCGGUUAUCAAGUAUUGAUUGUCUAUCGAACGAACGAUACUGAUUUUUUCCCUUCGUCGACAUUUCCAAAUCCCUGGCCAAACACCGUUUCGAAAGAGGACCUGAUCACUUCUCUAUACAAGGGAAUAGCUAAUAGAAACUCCAGUAUUCCCUUCAUAUCCCAAUGCGUCCUGACGCCCGACGCCGAAUUCAUAAUUGCCCACGUUUUCAGUUCUCUGAAAGAAAAAUGCGCAAUUGAAUUGGACAACGACAGGUGCGAUUGGAUAGAAAAACAAAGUGCUGGAAAAGGCGGCCUAAACAUCAUAAUAGCGGAUUUCAUCGAAUUGAAUGAUAACAAAUACGUCAGGGAUGUGAUAAGCGUUAACCAAAAAGUGUUUUCAAAUUAA